AUGGUCAAUCCCACCGUGUUCUUCCACUUCACGGCCGAUGGCGAGCCCUUGGGCCGCGUCUCCUUCGAGCUGUUUGCAGACAAAGUUCCAAAGACAGCAGAAAACUUUCGUGCUCUGAGCACUGGAGAGAAAGGAUUUGGAUAUAAGGGUUCUUCCUUUCACAGGAUUAUUCCAGGAUUCAUGUGCCAGGGUGGUGACUUCACACGCCAUAAUGGCACUGGCGGCAGAUCCAUCUACGGAGAAAAAUUUGAGGAUGAGAACUUCAUCCUGAAGCAUACAGGUCCUGGCAUCUUGACCAUGGCAAAUGCUGGACCACACACAAAUGGUUCCCAGUUUUUUAUCUGCACCACCAAGACUGAGUGGCUGGAUGGCAAACAUGUGGUCUUUGGGAAGGUGAAAGAAGGCAUGAACACUGUGGAAGCCAUGGAGCGUUUUGGGUCCAGGAAUGGCAAGACCAGCAAGAAGAUCACCAUUUCCGACUGUGGACAACUCUAA